UGCCCCUGGCGACAGGAUGCACAGGGGUGCGAGGAUGCCCGCCACCGCCGCCGUAAGGUUGAAACUACGUAGAAGCGAAGAACAUGCACACGCCGCCUGUAGGCAGGCAUAGGCAUGGGAGCACGCACGUUCGUCAAACAUAGGCGCGAGGGCAUGCAUAUAGAAACGAACAGACACGCAGCAAAAGCAGUCCGGGCGAGGAGCAGGCGCGGGACCAGCAAUACAAAUAGUGUUAAUCGUGUAGUAUCAUUGAGGCGUCUGCGUCGGCUAUGCGCGCCCUGCCCGAUCAAUCACUGCUGGCCCCCAAUCACUGCCGCUGGGCUCCCAAUCAGGCCGGCCCCCCGUAGCCGCCUCCAGCCGCGCCGCCCACGCUCCUCUCCCCGGUGAUGGUGAGCACGAAACACAGCGCGAAGCCCAUACAGGUCAGCCCAGGCAGGAUGCCCCACUCCAGAGACCCCAGCCCGCCGAGGUCGCCUCGGCCGAGCAGGAUGUCGUCCACAGAAUCGCCGUCCUGCAUAUUGGCGAGCACGAGAACAGCCCCUGCAAACAGAAAGACUGGCGAGUGUUCCAACAGAACUGACUAUCAACCAUCGCCUCCUGCCACCGCACUCGGCGACCAUCACUUGCUGCUCGCCGUGAAUCGCGCGCUUGAAAAAAAACUUGUGCCUGGCCCUGCUGCAACAAAGUCUUGAGCC